UCGCUCCCUGAUCCGAUGAGAACAGGUCCCCAUAGAGAGAGGGCUGCGUCUCAUUGGCUGCUGCUGCACAGGAGUGGAUGGGGGGAAGAGACGGAGUGGCGAAAGCUCAAGAAGAUGCAACUACUCUGCCACAGCAUCCCCACAGAUCCUCGAGCUGAAGGAUGGCAGAGGAGUAGAGGCAUGUUUAUGGGGCUUGAAUGAAUGGAAAAGGGCUGCAGCAUAACUUCAGCCACAAAGUACUUUGGGUCUGGACUUUUAUGUUUUUGUGACUGAGCAGAUCUCUGCAUUGUCGGACUGAGCUAUCGCCGUCUAUUUCAGGAUGUACUGGUGUCUCCUGGGGAGAAAGGUGGUCGCAUGUACUGUAAAAAUGGAUCCCUGUGUCCAGUGUUGGAUUGUCCUCUCCUGAACCUGCUGAGACGUCGCGGAUCGCCACCCUGCCGCACUUCUGGGAUGGUGUGACGUCCAGCCACCUACUGGCUGCCCCACAUCUGGGUCGAGAUGCCUGUGAUGAAGGGGCUCCUGGCCCCUCAGAACACCUUUCUGGACACCAUCGCCACGCACUUCGAUGGCACCCACAGUAAUUUCUUGUUGGGUAAUGCCCAGGGCCACCGCGGCUACCCUAUCGUUUACUGCUCUGAUGGCUUCUGUGAGCUGACGGGCUUCACUCGCACCGAGGUGAUGCAGAAGAACUGCACCUGUCGCUUCCUGCACGGCGCUGACACCUGCGAACAUGUGGCCCAGCAGAUAGAGAAGGCUCUGGAGGGACGGGAAGAGUACCAGACUGAAGUCCACUUCUACAAAAAGAACGGUGUGGCCUUCUGGUGUCUGCUGGAUAUUGUGCCCAUAAAAAACGAAAAGGGCGAAAUGGUUCUCUUCCUCUUCUCAUUCAAGGACAUCACUGAGAGCUAUGGGAAGGGGCAUCACAGCAGCAAGAGGGGUGAAGACAACAGGUACAGGAGGAAGAGCAGCUCUCACUUCCGCGAGGCCAGGAAACACGGACGCACCAUGUUGUACCAGCUGACCAGCCGAUUCUCCAGAGGAGGCAAGAGAGACGUCAACCUGAGCGGAACAAUGGUGGACAAGCCUUCAGUGCCAGAGUACAAGGUGGCGGCGGUGCAGAAGUCGCGCUUCAUCCUGCUCCACUACAGCGUAUCCAAGGCGCUGUGGGACUGGCUCAUCCUGCUGGCUACCUUCUACGUGGCCGUCACCGUACCCUACAACGUCAGCUUCUCCCCACACGACGACUCCAUCCCUGCUUCCCGCUCCACCAUCGUCAGUGACAUCUUAGUGGAAAUGCUGUUCAUUACUGACAUUAUCCUGAACUUUCGUACCACCUAUGUGAGCCAGUCAGGUCAGGUGGUGUACGAGUCUCGUUCCAUUUGCAUUCACUAUGCCACCACUUGGUUCUUUGUGGACUUGGUGGCCGCCUUGCCCUUUGACCUACUCUAUGCCUUCAACAUCACAGUGACCUCUUUAGUGCACCUCCUGAAGACGGUCCGUCUUCUGCGUCUCCUUCGGCUUCUUCAGAAGCUCGACCGUUACUCUCAGUACAGCGCCAUGGUGCUGACCUUACUGAUGUCUGUUUUUGCCCUGCUGGCGCACUGGAUGGCCUGCAUCUGGUACAUGAUCGGCCGCAAGGAAAUAGAAACCAGUGAAACCUGGGACAUAGGGUGGCUCCAUGAGCUGGGCAAACGUCUGGAGACUCCGUACAUCAACAGCACAGUGGGCGGCCCGACGGUCCGCAGCUCCUACAUCGCUGCUCUCUACUUCACCCUCAGCAGCCUGACCAGUGUGGGCUUCGGGAACGUCUGCGCCAACACCGACGCCGAGAAGAUCUUCUCCAUCUGCACCAUGCUCAUUGGUGCUCUGAUGCACGCUGUCGUCUUCGGUAAUGUGACGGCCAUCAUCCAGCGCAUGUACUCACGCCGCUCCCUCUACCACACGCGUAUGAACGACCUGAAGGACUUCAUCCGUGUUCACCGUCUGCCCCAGCAGCUUAAGCAGCGGAUGCUGGAGUACUUCCAGACCACAUGGUCUGUCAACAACGGCAUCGAUGCCAACGAGCUCCUGCACGACUUCCCAGAUGAGCUGCGGGCCGACAUCGCCAUGCAUUUGAAUAAGGACAUCCUUCAGCUGCCGGUUUUUAAAGGGGCCAGCCGAGGCUGCCUGCGCUCACUCUCCCUUCAUAUUAAGACCUCUUUCUGCGUACCUGGGGAGUACCUGAUCCGUCAGGGCGACGCUCUGCAUGCCAACUACUUUGUCUGCUCCGGUUCCCUGGAGGUGCUGAAGGACAGCAUGGUGCUGGCGAUAUUAGGAAAAGGGGAUCUGAUCGGGUCUGACUUGCCUGGAACUGACCAGGUGAUAAAGACAAAUGCGGAUGUGAAGGCGCUCACCUACUGUGACCUUCAGUACAUCAGUGUGCGCGGCUUGAGAGAGGUGCUGGAGCUGUACCCAGAGUACGCCAGCGUGUUCACCACCGACAUCCACAACAACAUCACCUAUAACCUGCGUGAAGGCAGCCAAGACGAGGGCUUCAGCAGAUUCUGCAAGUCGCCCAGACUUUCCCAUCAGUCCCCAAAGCUCCCUCCUAUUGUUGAGACGAAGUCGGACGACCCCGACGACGCCUUCCACCUCUCUCCAGCCACGCGCUCCCGGCGCAACCUCCUGCUUCCCAAUUUCACCAGCCCGGUUCGCCGCACCUCCCUGGGCAACCUGCUAGGGGACGAGCUGCGUCAGUUCAACGCCCUGCGACGAUGCCGUUCACCAAACCUCAGCCGAGGAUUCCUGGGACAAAGCUUGUCCCCUCAGCCACCUUCAAAAAAAGAGCACAGCACUUCCUUAUCCACCCCAACUCAGGCUUCAACUUCAGCUAACGGCGAGCCGGGAGACGAGCAAAAACCUGCAAAGUUGCUCAUCCCAACGGUGACGUGCUUUCCACCACCGGACCUCAGCCCCAGGGUUGUAGAUGGCAUCGAAGACAACAGCCACACGUUCCAUUUCACCGUGGAGCACAGCAAGCCCAGCUCCAGAACAGGUGGCAUCACCCCAGAAUCCACACAAACAAAUGCCACUCUGCUGCAGGAGACGGAGGAGGUGAAGGAGAGCAUAGCUCAGCUAAAUCUUAAGGUGGGCGUAUUAAACCAAGAAGUAUCGGAACUCACCAAGAGCCUUCACAACAUGAUGCAUCUCCUCCAGGCUCAUGUAUCUGUAAACCACCACCACAAAACCCCCUGUCUUUCAACUCCUCACUCUGUUCAUUCGGUGUCCAGCUCUCCCAUAGCCCCCAGCACCUCCACAGCUUACUGCCUUUAUACCAGUCCGCAGAGUCUCAAAGCCCGGGGCCACCAAAGUGGACCAGUCGCUUCCCAGUGGAGCUACAGCGAAACUGUUCAGUCCCAUAGCAACCAGUCUACCACACCAGUCUCUAAUGCCUGUCUACGACUUUCACUAAACUCUUCAUCUAAGUUAGGUUUAUGCCAUAGCACUGAGAGCAUGACUUUGCCUGUAUGGACCAGCCCAUCUCUGUUUCAUGUCGGUGGAAGUCCUGACUUGGCGCGUCAUUCAAGUCGGGAUGAGUCCCGACCUCUCGGUGCUGGUCCAAUCUCCAUCAGCCAGUCCCAUCCCACGCUGUGUCUGCAGCCUUCCAGUGACGGCGAUGAAUUCGCCUGCCUUCUGCCCAGCGCUCCAGCAGGUACAUCCACACACAGCCUGCUGGACCCAAUGCCUCAAACCUCCAGUGAUGCUCUAGGUCACAAUUUGACCUUCCAGAUCCACGACUCGCACUCCUCCCUCCCUGCUGCCUCCUCUUCACCGCCUGCAUUACCCGGCCAGCCGUUCGACUCCUCUCUGGAUUCGGGAUCUCCACAGAUGGAUGUUUUAGCGCCCUGUCUCACACUGGGCGACCCCUCUGCUUCAGAGCACACCAGUUUGGAGUGUCUGCUGGGCAACAGGGACUCUGUGGAAAGUAGGGACAGUGAGAGCAUGUCAUCGCGAAGGUCCAGCAUCGGCGGUCAAACUCAGAGCACCGAGCAGUCAUGGUGCCUGGACCUCACAGACUGAAAACGUCCACUUUUGAGUUAGACUUGGCAACAGUAGCACUAACCAUAAAAUUGCGCAAAUUGGAAUUGCGUAAAUAAUUUCAUAUGCCAAUUUCGAAAUUUCUGUUUCCCGCAUACAUUUUUUCCCAAUGGUUUCCUGAGAUAGCAAGUUAAUUUCCUGUUUUCUUUAGAUAACUAGUUAAUUUCUCAAUGGUUUUCUCGAGAUAAUGAGUUAAUCCUGAUGAUUAGUCUGUGUGUUAAACCUCAUUCCAUCCUUCAACGCAUGCCGUUACGCACAAUCGCAUGUGGCAUCAAUCUAAAGGCUGUAAUGAGAUUUAAAACUCCUGAUCUCAAAAGCCAUCAGGAAAUGAAUUCUUUAUCUCUAGAAAACCAUCAGGGAAAAGGGUAUUUGGAAAACAGGAAGUUAUCUUAGAAAAAUGGAAAAUUACCUCGUUAUCUUGAGAAAAUCAUUGGGGAAAAAUAUUUAUGAAAACGUCCUCUCUCGGCUUCUAUAGAUUUGUGAGCCGUAUCAAAGUUGGUGUUUUUUGCAAAACAGAAAUGGAAAAACUUUUUUCCAUCCAACCAGUUUGUAUACAGCAGCAGCACACUUACUUGUGGGAACUGACCUCCUUG